CUCCCAACACUUCCUGCCCACAUAUGUCUUAGCAUGGAUGAGACUCGAAGUAGCUUGAGACCAGCAUCCUCCCAAUGCCAUUCCCCUGCAGUGAGCCCCUGGAGAAACAUGGUAGAAUAUUUGAAGAAUCUUCUGAAGAACUCGAUAUCUAAGAAGAUAAUGAUGAGAUGGAUAAAGGACUACUGCAAAAGGAAUAGAUUGCUCACCUUGUCCGUAUUGGCUGUGGUAUCAGGUUGUGUGGUGGGAUUCACAUUAAGAAGCUUGAACUUGUCGACACAUGCAAAAAUCUACUUUUCUUUUCCUGGAGAACUUCUCAUGAGAAUGCUGAAAAUGUUGAUUCUUCCUCUCAUCACAUCCAGUUUAAUGUCUGGCUUGUCUGCAAUGGACACCAAGGCCAGUGGACGCCUGGGCAUUCUCACCAUCAUAUACUAUCUGUGGACUACUUUCAUUGCUGUAAUUGUUGGAAUUAUUCUAGCGCUGAUCAUUCAUCCUGGAACUGGUACUGAGAAGGAAGGGCAUAAAGCUGCAGGAGGGCCAGGGAUGACAUCUGCUGAUGCUCUGCUUGAUUUGAUCAGGAAUAUGAUCCCAUCCAAUUUGAUUGAGGCCACAUUUCAGCAGUAUAAGACAGAGCUUGUGCCUAAUUUUAAAGAUAGUGUGAAAUCAUCACAAGCCAACUUUGUUUACAUCAUGCCAGACUAUGACAACACCAGAAUGGGUUACCCAGUGUUUCUGGAACUCACCCCUCCACCUGAGAUUCACUACAAGAUCGUUCCAGGGAAAAGUAAUGGGAUGAAUGUGCUAGGAAUCGUCAUUUUCUCAGCCACUAUGGGUCUUCUACUUGGUACAAUGGGAUCCAGAGGUACUCCCUUAGUGAAUGUUUGUCUAUGUAUCAAUGAAUGUGUCAUGAAGAUUAUCAAUGCUGCUAUGUGGUACUUCCCAUUUGGAAUUGUAUUUCUGGUUGCCGAGAAGAUCUUGGACAUGCAUGAUCCUGCCGUUUUUGCAGAGAAGCUGGGGAUGUACUUCAUUACUGUUCUGGCAGGGCUGUUCAUCCAUGGUGUGAUUUUGCUACCACUGUUCUUCUUCCUGUUCACCAGGAAAAACCCCUUCACCUACAUCCAUGGCCUCCUUCAGGCUCUGGUUAUUGCAUUGGCAACUUCGUCCAGUUCAGCUACUCUGCCCAUUACAAUGAAGUGUUUGCUGGAAAACUGCCGUGUGGAUCGGAAAAUAGCUCAAUUUGUGCUUCCUGUUGGUGCGACCAUCAAUAUGGAUGGCACAGCGCUAUAUGAGGCAGUGGCAGCCAUCUUCAUCACACAGGUCAACGAGUAUGAGCUAGACUUUGGACAACUUGUAACAGUCAGUAUCACAGCUACAGCGGCAAGUAUUGGAGCAGCUGGAAUCCCUCAGGCUGGUCUAGUUACCAUGGUUAUUGUCCUUACCUCAGUGGGUUUGCCUCCAGAUGACAUCUCACUUAUUGUUGCGAUUGAUUGGAUCCUGGACCGAUUUCGAACAGUGAUCAACGUACUUGGAGAUGCUUUAGCAGCAGGAAUCAUGGCUCACGUGUGCAGAAAGGACUUUCAGAAAGACAUCCCAUCAACAACCAACACAGAGAGAAGAGAUACUGUGAUUUCCUUUGGAAACCAAAGUGUGCAGAGUUUUCCAACAUCUGAGGUUCCACUACUGGCCAACAGGGUCUACAUCUUAGAGGUUGUUGGGGAUCAGGUGAUUGAGAGGCCGACUGCAUGUUACAACCUCUGCCAAGUCUAACCAGGGACACCAAGCAAGCAAGCAGGAACAGAAGUUGCCUUGACCUCACGAAAACCUUCCUCCUUUUUUAUACAUGUGCCAUUCUGUAUUUUUACAUCAGAGAUGUUACUCUCACUUCAACAGUUGCCUUCUGUGAACUUGUAAAAUGAAGAAAUUUGGGUGCUUUUGAUACUUUGAUUUGGGGGUUUGGAUAUGGUUAUUGGCCCUUUUUUCAAAUAAAAUUCUCAUAAUUGUUCAUUAUCUAGAAUUGCGUUAAAAUACAAUUUAUCACAGUAAUACUGAUAAACCAUAAUAAAACAAUAUCUAAACAUGCAACAAGUUAAUCGACUGUCAUUAGCUCCAGUACUACAAAGCCAGGGCCGUGAAUGUUAUAUCAUCAGUUGCCUUGAUACUGUGUAUGUUGAUUACAAAAAACAAACACUGCUGUAAUGUCUAUUUAAACAUGGAUUCUUUGUCUUUGCAUUACUUAAAUAUUUCAGAAUGCACAAUCAUUUUGUUAACUUAAAUUAAGGCAAUUUAAUUAUCAUGUUUGUACCAUUGUACACUAAUUAUGAAUUGUUGAUUUUCUUAAAAACUUGAAAAAAUUAACGAGUCAUCUGA